GGGGCAGUAUGUCACAUCUUCACAUUUGUAAUGGAAAGGGCGUUUUCUCAACCUGGAAAUACUUGUACUGGAAGGGUAAUUUCUCACAUUUUCUAACAUGGCGGUGAAUCUGACAGAGCUUUCUCUUCCUCAGUUGGAGGGACUAAAGACUCAACUUGAGCAGGAGACAGAGUUUUUGACCUCUUCUAUAGGUCAGCUCAAAGUUGUCCAGACAAAAUAUGUAGAAGCUAAGGACAGUUUAAGUGUCCUCAACAAAAACAAUGCAGGAAAAGAAUUGCUGGUGCCCCUCACAAGCUCUAUGUACGUCCCUGGAACACUUGAUGACGUGGAACAUGUCUUAGUGGAUGUGGGGACAGGAUACUACGUUGAAAAGAAUGUCAAUGAUACAAAGGAGUUUUUCAAGCGCAAAAUAGACUUCCUCACCAAGCAGAUAGAGAAGAUUCAGCCGGCUCUGCAGGAGAAAUAUGGCAUGAAACAAGCUGUGAUUGAGGUGAUGAACAUUAAGAUCCAACAGCUUCAGAGUCAACAGGCGUCACAGUCGGGGACCACCAAAGCCUAACCAGUUGAAGAUGGGGCUUACACCAGUCUGCUUUUGUUCUUCAUGAUUGGGGGUUGAGUUACUGAAAACAAAUUCUGCAUGAACUGUUAAUGGGUUGAGCCAAGAUAAAACUGGGCAAAAGACAAAAAUGUACUCUACAACGCAGAACCUAAAUUUGUGCUGCCAACACUAAAAUGGUGAAGGGCAGCCAAUGUUAAUGUUGUAACAAACUCUCCUGGAAAAUGUGAGUCUUUAUUUUUGAUUCAGUUUAUGUUCAUUAGCCGGGUUGCAGAAAUAGAACUGAAAUGUAGGUAUUUAUUUGUGUACCUUAUGUUCUGUGUAGCAGUUUUUGAUGCUUGUGUUGCAAUAGUUAAUUUGAAUAAUAAAAUAGGCUCCUCUGGU